CAUUUCAUCCGCAUGCCUCUCAAAUGUUCACCUCUGCCACCACCCCUCGCAGUGUGUUCCAUGCACUCACCCCUGAUAUCACCAUCUGACAACCAGUGGCGCACUGGGAAAAGGUGGGUUCACACGCCCCUACCCCCACCCCGGAAGGCCGUUCUUUCGCCUGCAAUGCCUGCGCCAGAGGGAUGCAAUCUGUGAGCUGCGCUGUCCUCUUUGUGUUGAUGCUGUUUUGGGUCUCGUUACAAAACCAUGAAAAUACAGCUGGGAGGAAGGCAGGCAGGCAGGGGCUGUGCUACCCGCGCCGGCCUGUAGGCGGCUCUGCGGCGGACCGGCAGCUCCCGCAGCCGGCAGGACGUUGACGGGUGGCUGGGCUGGGAGUGGGGAGCAUGCAGCCCGGUCCGAGCCUGCAGGCGUGGGAGACAUGGGACCGGCUGGUCCCGCGUAAUGAAACCAGCCACGACAAGAUGCUGACAAAGAACGGCCCUCGACUCUGUAACAUCAUAAGAUGCUGUGACUUUGGACCAGCCACUCGAUGAUUGACACCUGCCUGUCGACUCUCCUGAGGCCUGAUUGGCUGUCGAGGUGCCACGGACCCAGCUGCCCGAGGGUUUCCCGGCGUUGGAUCUGGCGGUGAUGUGAUCCAGCUGGUUCUUUGGAAGUCAAGGGCGAGGCGUAACUCUUGUGGUUAGAGCUGCUUUAUUAGGUGCUCGUGACAAAGGAAUAACAGUAACCAACUCCAUUCUCAUGAAGAAAGAAAGAUUAGGAAGAGAACAGCAGGAAAAGAGAAAGACAAAAAAAGCAAAGAAGUCAUGGCAGGGUGGCAUAGUGGUUAGAACACCGGUUUACAGUACAGGCGACCCGGGUUCAAUUCCCACUGCUGCCUGUACUCCCAGGCUCCUGUUUCCUCUCACAGACCAAAGAUUUACCUGUUAAUUGGUCAUUGUAAAAUAUCACGGUUGUGUUAUACUAAAAACUCGAUGAAACGAGGCAGAGAAGAGACUGCCAAUGAGACAGGUUCAAUGCUGAGACACAGGCUGCAGAGAAACCUUGCAAAACUCCAGAACUAGCCACACUGAAUAUUCUAUUACCGACAACCAGGUGAUUACAUAAAUACAGAAGCAAACAUAAAGACCAUUGAACUACAACUUGGAAACUAAGCCAACACCUUACACCUGCCAUGGCGCGGAUGCCCAUGGCUUUGGGUGGCAGUGCCGUCAGUGCCAAGACCAUGUCCUGCAGCCUGGAUGCCCCCGCCAACGCCAUCAGCGUCUGCCGUGACGGUGCCCAGGUGGCGGUUGCCGGCCGCAACAUCUUCAAGAUCUACAGCAUCGAGGAGGAGCAGUUCACGGAGAAGGCGAACCUGCGGGUGGGACGCAAGCCCUCGCUCAACUUCAGCUGCGCCGACGUGGCCUGGCACCAGAUGGACGAGAACCUGCUGGCCACGGCGGCCACCAACGGCGCCGUGGUGACCUGGAACCUGGGCAGGCCGAGCCGCAACAAGCAGGACCAGCUCUUCAUGGAGCACAAGCGCACCGUCAACAAGGUCUGCUUCCACCCGCUGGAGCUGAACAUCCUGCUGAGCGGCUCCCAGGAUGGCUCCAUGAAGUGCUUCGACCUGCGGAGGAAGGAGUCCAUCUGCACCUUCUCAGGACAGUCGGAGAGCGUGCGUGACGUCCACUUCAGUGCCCGAGACUUCUUCACCUUUGCUGCCACCUUCGAGAAUGGCAACGUGCAGCUGUGGGACAUGCGGAGGCCGGACCGGUGCGAGAGGAUGUUUACGGCUCACAACGGGCCGGUCUUCUCCUGUGACUGGCACCCAGACGACAGAGGCUGCCUGGUGACGGGGGGCCGAGACAAGAUGGUGAAGGUGUGGGACCUGACUGGCUACAAAGCGCGGGAGAGCUACUGCGUGCAGACCAUCGCGUCCGUGGCCCGCGUGCUGUGGCGGCCCGAGCGCCGGUACCACAUCGCCACCUGCUCCAUGAUGGUGGACCACAACAUCUACGUGUGGGACGUGCGCCGGCCCUACGUCCCCUUCGCCAUGUUCGAGGAGCACAAGGAUGUCACCACGGGCAUCGCCUGGCGCCAUGCCCACGACCCACACUUCCUGCUGUCAGGGUCCAAGGACAGCACGCUGUACCACCACUUCUUCAGGGACGCCCAGCGCCCGGCCAGCCGGGCCGUCCCCGAGGGGCUGUCCAUCAGCCUCUUCGGCGACGUGGCGUUCGCCGUCAAGGAGAGCCUGUGCUCGGCCGAGGGGGCCCGCAAGCCCUACGGCCCCGACCGCCGCUACCCUUUCUUCUUCGUGCGGCGCCAGGACCCCGCCGAGCAGUUCACCAGCGUGUCGAGCGCACUGAGCGUGUUUGAGUUGCGGCCGGGCGCCGCGGCCCCCGUGGACUGGUUCUCGCAGACGGCCUGCCGGUACUCCCUGAACGGCGGCCCCCUCCCCGAGCUGUGUGACCGCAACGCCGCCGUGGCCCGGCAGCUCAGGCGCUACCAGGUGGCUCAGAUCUGGACCAUGCUGAAGAUUAUCUACGCUGGCGCAGGGGCUUGUGCCGCCGGGACCCAGGGCGGAGGCGGGCAGGGAUCCAGCAAGGCGGCACAUCCCCUCAGCAGCUUUACUUUGAAAGACGGCAACGCAGCAUUAGGAAGUGAAGCCAAGCUUGAGAGAGUCCGACUGGAAAACCGUCAGGACAGCCUACCCCUGGAUUUGACUGUUAUUUCGCUGCAGACUAACGAAGAUAACGAGGAGACGGAGGGCAGUGACGCACCAGCGGAUUACCUGUUCGGUGAUGGUGAAGUCGACGAGGACGAUUUCUUCAUUGUCGAUCACGAGAAUGCUCCAGCAGAAGAGAACGAGUUCAUUCUCCCGCAGGAGGGCUUCCCGCUGCGCCACGAAAUCCUGGACCAUCCGACCAGCCUGGACCACUUCCAGGACAAGACCGACUCCCCCCACAUCAGCGGCAACGAGGCGGAUUCAGUCUCCUUGACGCCAACCGAGGGCAUUUCCCUCGUCUCUGUCUCGCAGCCUCCCUUUGAUCACAGUUUCUCCACUGACUACUUCAACCCCAUCGUCAGGGACAUGAUGUGCUUCUACGCCGAGCAGGGAGACGUGCAGAUGGCGAUAUCUGUGCUGAUUGUGCUUGGGGACAGGAUCAGGAAGGAAAUCGAUGAGCAGACGCAGGAGCACUGGUACAUGUCCUACAUCGACCUCCUGCAGCGAUUCCGGCUUUGGAACGUGGCCAACGAGGUGAUCAAGCUGAGCACGUGCAGGUCCAUCAACUGCCUGAACCAGGCGUCGACCACCCUGCAUGUCAACUGCAACAACUGCAAGCGGCCGAUGAACACCCACGGCUGGAUGUGCGAGAGGUGCCGCCGGGGAGCGAGCAAGUGUGCGGUGUGUCACCACGCGGUGAAGGGCUUGUUCGUCUGGUGCCAGGGAUGCACCCACGGAGGACAUCUCCAGCACGUCAUGGAGUGGUUCCGCCUCCACACCCACUGCCCGACGGGAUGCGGACAUAUCUGCGAAUACGUUUAAGCUGCUCUUCGCGGGAAGCCACAGAGACCCUGGGACAGGGGUGCCGGAAAUCGGGGGCAUGACCCAGUGUAACGUGGACGUGCAGAAUGGACGUGGACCCAAUCCUGUCAUUCCCAGUAAGGACACCUCCGGAAUGGGACCACACUGCGCUCUUUUUGAGGGGUGAGACUGAGCUAUUGAAGCAGGGAAGUUUAUUUCAAUAUGGUGGAUCUUCAGAGAGAAUGUGACAUAUUCUGGGCACCAGAGAACAAUGGGUUUUGAUCACUGUUGGCUGGGAUGAGUUAGCCCCACUCACCCACCACACUCUAUAACCCGCCCUGCAGCCAGUGGACGGACUCCUGCUCGGGGUGGGGGACGGGGAGGUCUAGGAUGAAAAGCUCAUUUUAAGUAAGAUUAUGCCACUGCAUUCAUGAGUAGUUUAGACAUAAUCCUGAAGAUUUUCACCUCCCCACCCAGUAGAGGCAGACCCAGCCUCACCUGGACAAUAGCCGCGGAACACGGAUCUCGGAGAAGUCGAAGGAGGAAUCUAGGGUAUUUCCUAGAUAGUUUUACUACAGUGGGACCAUGACGACUGGGUUGUAUUGGUGUGUGGGGGGAGGGCGGGUUGAUACAGCAAAUCCUGACUGUCUGCUGAUCUUAACCAUCAGCCCUUGGACAAUCCAACAGGGAGGAUGAAGUGAUGGCCCUGGAUAAGUAUCAUUUUGCUAAUCUUCUGACUGAUGUAACAGUUCAGUCUGGGAUGAGUGGCAGUAUCAGGAGUUUGUCUGGUUGCUCGUGCAACACCCAGUCCAGGAAAUUAAACCUGUAACAUCCAGCUUGCCACCUGAAGUUAAAAAGACUCAAAUAAAUACCUCCUGCAGCCAACAGAUCUGCAUCAGAGAGAACAACUUCAGAUUAAUUGUCAUUUAACCUGAAGUGUGUAUACUGCUAAAUGGACUGGGACCAGGUGCAAAUCACUGUACAUAUAUCACGUACAGUACGGUGCAAAAGUCUUAAGAGUUUUUAUGUGGUUUCCGAUGGUGUGGCCUCCACGGAGCCCUGAUCUCAACAUCAUCGAGGCUGUCUGGGUUUACCUGGAGAGGUAGAAGUGAACGAGACAGCCAAAGUCUGCAGAACUUGGCAAGUUCUCCAAGAUGUUUGGAACAACCUACCAGCUCAUUUUCUCAUAAAACUGCACAUCGGUGUAAGAGAAUUGAUGCAGUUUUAAAGGCAAAGGGUGGUCACAUCAAAUAGUGAUUUGAUUUAGCUUUUUUUUAAAUCUGUUUACUGCUCUUUAUAGUAAAUAUUUUGAUAUUUAGAAGCUUUUCAAUUCAUGAUUUUUGAAAGCAUCUUUGCUUUACAGCAUUUUGUUUUACAUUUGCCUAAGAGUUUUGCACAGUACUGUGUAGCACAUAAAAUAAUAGUAACGGGUAGUAUGCUGUGCAGACUGGUAAAGCCAGACAGACAGAAGUUUCUUUUGCUAAGAUCACCAUCAGAUGUCAACGUUAGAAAGUGAACCCCUGUCAAUUGCUCUGAGCUGAGGCAGGGAAACGGCUUCUGACUAAACACUUCGAGUGGUUUGGUGCUGGGGAGAGAGUCCAAGGUAUCUGUGCCUUUUCUUUAAAUGGAACUGAGAGACUACCUGGGUUUACAUGAAGUGUAGUUAUAUGAAGAUAGUCCGGUGGACUGACACAGUGUUCAGCUCAAGGCCUUUAUUCACGACAUUUUGCUUUACAGUUAAGCAUUAGUCAUUUAAAGCACACUGCCUACAGUUAAACACUGCAGCACUUUAGAGUUGCAAUGCCUCCCUGGGCCAGUAGGCAAGGGUCACAAUGGUGCCGGCUGAAAAGACUAUGAAGGUUCCUUCAAGUUUAAGAUGGCAGUGCUGAAGAUGGGGCCCAGCUUACUGGUGGUUCAUAAAGCAAAAAACAGGAAUAAAUACUUUAUUAAUUUAAUAACACUUUUUGUGGUAAAUAAUCGCUGCAAACAAAGAAGAGGUGAGCGAAGGCAACGCUGACCCGAGGGUCGAGGCGUGUGGGUGCGGUGUCAAGUCGGGACGUGGCGUGUUCGAGGAGCGAGCGAACCGGGGAGUUUUGGAGCCCAUCCACCUAAACGAGGUUGGAUCGAUCUGAUCACUGAGCUCAUUUGAAAACGUUGAGUAUGGGCCGGAACGUGGUGGCAGGGUCUAGGCCACAGUUCAUCAAUGUGGUGGAGAUCAGGUCCUCGUGCGGGGGAUGACUUGGUGUUUAGACAGUUUAAACGUGGGCCCAGAUAGGCUGAAAAGGCAGGGUAUUGGGACUGGAGGCGAGUGUCAGGCUGGUUCUGCUUACUCUUCUGCAACAUCUACUCCUCUCUCUGCGGCACUGAGGCUGUGAGACUGCUCCAGGCUUCGGGUCUAUGGGCUCAUUUUCAUUCUGAAUGCUGCCGCUUGCCUUUAUUGUUUGCACGAUUUGGUUUUUCUGCCCCCCUCUUUAUGCAUUGGAUGUUGGUCUUUAUUUAAUUUGGAUUCUUUUGGGUUCCUUUGUUUUGUUCCUGCCUGUAAGCAGACGAAUCUCAAGGUUGUAUAAUUUAAACAUACAUUGAUAAUAAAUGAACCCUGAACUUGUGAACUUCAUCAUCUGGUACAACCAAUCAUAUCUUUGUUUAGCGAGGAUGGAAGAUUAAACCCUACUACAAACCAGUCACUUUUAUCACAGUAGCAGGAAAAGUUCCAGAAAAAAAUCAGAAACAAAAUUUGUAGUCACUUUGACAAACUUAGAUUGACUAGAGGAAGUUAUCAUCAAUGAGACAUAUCAUGUUUGAUGCAUUCAAAUACAGGGUCCAUAAGGGGAUCAUGGUCGAAGUAAUAAACAGGUCUCCCCCGCUUUCCAAAAGCAGAGUGUUCCUGUGAAACCUUUUGUAAGCCGAAAUGGCGUAAAGCGAAGAAGCAGUUACCACUAGUUUAUAUGGGGGAAACUUCUGAGCAUUCCCAGACCCAAAAAAAACCUACCAAUCAUACUAAAUAGCACAUAAAACCUAAAAUAACACUAACAAGUAGUAAAAGUAGGAAUGCUAUGAUAAAUACACAGCUAUAUAAAGUAGAAAUAUUGUAUGUUCAGUGUUGUUUCACUUACCAGAAUUAGGAAUAUUUAGCCAAAAUCAAUUUGUAGAAAAAAAAUCGGCAUGUACACGCAUGCGCACACAUCUGCCCGCACAAGGCUUCACUGUCAUGGUGGUCUUUCUCAGGGUAAACACAAGUUUAAAGCAGGCACCUUUUUCGUAAAAGUGAAAAUCCUCUUUGGAUUUCUUUCAGUUAGCGAAAACAGGUACUAAUGUAGAUCUUUCGUAAAAGCAAAGUGGCGUAAAGCGAACUUUUGUAAAGUGCGGGACACCUGUAUACGGAAUUCUUAAAGGUGUUUUAUUAAGUGCUACUCUUUAGUUUUGUCAUCAAGAUUGAAGCCCAAUGAUUUAAAGUGGCCAAGUCAGAAAGGAAAGAACAUUGGUGAAAUAAAAACAAAUGUGGUAGUGAGACUGUGAGGUAUAGAAGCAGAAUUAGGCCAUUCAGCCCACUUCUGGUUGCUCACUCUCCCACUUAAGAAUGCUGUAGACUUGAUCUGAGAUGACCCUAACCCUGGCAUCUGGGAGGCAAUGUUCCAUCUGGGAAUCUUGUUGUCCACAUAAACUCCUAUCUGCUUCCUAACCAUUGAAUCCCCUGUCACUAUAGUUUGCCUCUUCUCCCCCUUCUCUUCUGAGCCAGGUUUCAUGCUGGAGACCUGCCUGCUGUGACUUCCCUCUGCUAGGUCACCCCCCAAUAGUAUCCAAAGCAAUAUACCUUUUAUUGGCGGUAAUGGCCAUAGGGGUAUUCUGCACUUGCUGUAUAUCUCCUUUUGCCCUCCCGUUGGUCACCCAGUUACCUGUGUCCUGUAUCUUGGGUGUAACUACCUCCUUGUCUAUCAAGCCGUCCUCCUCCUGAAUGAUCCAGAGUUCAUCCAGCUCCAGCCCCAGUUCCUGAACACGGACUGUAAGGUGUGGUUGUCAGGGACACUGGAGGUCUCCUUGCUUUUCUGCACACCGCAAGAGGGGCAUCUUGUACGACACCUCCACUGCUCUAACUGUGCAAUUAAAAAAAAAUUAAACACCUACCUUCUGCCUCUCCUCACCAAAGCCUCUGUGCUGCCUAAACUUCCCUCUUUAUUGGACUUUGCCAAGUGCCUAACUAUUCACACUCCAACUUCUUGUGUUGAGUGGCAAGUGGAAUGUCUCAACUGCCCCCACUCUCGCUUUUGAAAUCUCUCUCACGAUGCACACUCUCAACGUCUCCUAGUGAUGUGUGGCAUGCAGAAUGAAUGUCCAGACAUGGCUGAUAGCGGACAUCUUUCCUCCUCGGCAGAGUGGUCAGAACAAGCGUGAUUGACAGGCUUCGUUGGAUAGACAAGAGUCCAAAAUGACUUUGUGGAUGUAGUCUGACAGACCUUUUAGAGUUUUUUUUGGAAGAGAUAACCAAAAAAAGUAGAUGAGAGUAGGGCAGUGGAUAUUGUCUGCUUGGGCUUUAGCGAAGGUCCUGCAUAGUAGGCUGCUCUGGAAGGUUGGGUCCCAUGGAAUCGAAGGAGAACUAGUCAGAUUCAAAAUUAGCGCGGAGACAGAAAAUAGAGGCUGGUGUAAGAAGGCUGCUUCUUGGAAUGGAGACUGGUGACUAGGAGUGUAGCACAGGGUUUGUUGUUGGGACCCUUGUUAUUCAGUUUUUUGAAAAUGAUUUGGACGUGAAUGCACAAGGUUUGAUCAGUAAGUUUGCAGACGUCAGGGAAUUAGGUGGUGGUGUUGAUAGCAAAGAAGGAGGUUGUCAUAGACUACAGGGAAUUCUUGAUCAGUUAAUGAAGUGAGCUGAGAAGCGGCAAAUGGAUUUCAAGACAGAUAAGAGUGAGGUGAACAAACCAGCAAUGGGACCUGUACUGUGAAUAGUCGGGCACUGGGGGUGGAAGUGUAAUGCAACAGGGAUCCAAGAGUACAAACACGUAGUUCAUUAAAAGAGGCAUCACAGGUGGACAGGGUGAAAAAGGUUGUUUAGCACACUGGUCUUCAUUAUUCAAGGCAUUAAGUACAGUUUAGGAUUUGGGACACUACGUUUCAGUUGUAUAAGUCUUUGACUGCAUUUGCUGCAUUUGGUGUACUGUCUACUGUUUUGGUCACCCUGUUAUGAGAAGGAUGUGGUUAAACUGGAAGGAGUAUAAAAAAUUUACCACGAUGUUGACAGGAGGGUCUGAGUUGUAGGCAGAGAUUGGAACGUAGGAGCAUGAGGUGCAACUUUAGAGAAAUGUUUAGAAUUGUGAGAGCAUGGAUAAUGUGGGCAGUAAAAAUCUUUUCCCCAGUGGCAGGGUACAAACUGUGGGCAUAGAUAUAGGGUGAGAGGGUAAUCAUUUAAAAGGGAACUGAAGGGAUUUUUUUUUCACUCAGAGGCAGAUACGUGGAAUGAGCUCCCAGAGGAAGUGUUUGAGGCAGGUACAUUUAAGAAGUAUUUGCAAAGAGGAGCAGGGCUUGGAGGGAUAUUGGUCAAAUGAAAGAAAUUAGCUAGGCGGCCAUGUAGUUGGCAUUUUACUGGCCCAAAGGGCUUGUAUCCCUGCUGUAGUUUUCUAUGAGUGACAAAGCAGCCAGGAGUAAUGGGAGGGGAAACAUUUUUGAAAUGGCAAAUGAUCUGGAAUGUGCUAUAGAGGCAGGUUUGUGUGUAGCAUUCAAAAGGGAGCUGGAUGAAUAACUGACAGGAUGUAAUUUUCAGAAGGGGGGGGAGGUGGAUCUGGUUUAAUUACCCUUAAUUGGAACAUUGAGAAACGCACCACUCAGCAAGCUUACAGAUUUCAGUGAAUUUGGAGAGAAGUGGUGAGUGGGCACCAAGAACAACUCAGCUUUGGUGCCUUGGAAUCAUUACCAAGCAUCGAGAAGACAACAUCUGCAACAGCAGCACCUCUGCCAUCCUGCACCAGAACAUGUUUGGAUUUUGUGGAUUUAGAUCGACGGGUAAGAUUUCUGUUAUACCAGCCAUUUUGCAGUUGACUGUCUUAAACUGAGGAUUAGAUAAGAAACUAGGAGCCACUCAGCCUUUUAAGUUCAUCCUGCUAUUCAAUAUAUUCAUGAUUAAUCUGCCCUGACCUCAUCUCUAAUGGAGCCAUUAGAGAGUUUUCACUGUGGAUUCUCCAAACCAGUUAUCUUUAAGGAGGAACCUUGACUGCUGCAGAUCUAGCCUCUCACUGCAUUAGGGUCAGAGGCUGGGAAUGUCAGAUAAUUCUUCCUUAGGUUCACAAACUCGUGUUGGAGAUUUCAUCAGGAAACCUUUCUACCUCUUAGUUACACACUCCCAUCCACCAACAUUUCAAAUUCCAUUUAAUUAAUUGACACUUGUUCAAGAUGGUUCAUUUACUUUGGACCUGGCCAGGAGAUUCAGUUUUAGUUCUUCAAAUCUCUGAGGUUGUUGACCAAUAUCAGGGAUGGACAGUAGGGAUAUUCACUUAGUUCUUCCAGUAUCUGCUUGUAAUAAUAUUAACAUUUCAGACCAGAGCACAGACAAAGUUCUGAAUCGUCCUCAACACGGGCAAAGGAAUCAGUGGGAGGGAACUGAAACCUCACCCAAAUAACAACUCAUUUACUAAUAUUAAACCAUAUUACUUAUGGCUCUUAAUAGUUGAAACUAAAAAGGGAAGUCUGUAAAAGCUUUGAAUGAUAAAUAUUUUGACAAUUCUAUACGCUGUUAACGGAGCUACUGCCUCAGCACCAAUGGGGUUCAAGCUUAACCUUCAAUGCUGUUCAUGUAUUUGCAAUUUCCCCAUGAUUUUCCCUGGGUGACCUGGCUUCCACCUACAUCCCAAAAUCUCGAGGGAUGAUUGGUUAGCUGGCUGCUGUGAAGGUAAAUGGGAGAAUCUGGGUCAGAGCUGAUGGAAAUGUGGGAAGAAUAGAAUGGAAUGAGUGUGGCACUGGUGGACAUCAUGGACUUGAUGGGCUGAAAGGUAUCUUGGUCAGCUUGCAGCCUUUUGUACUGUAGGGAGUGGGUCAGCAUACCCAGCACAGCACUAGGGUAUAAAAAGUUCUGGGGCUCAUUGGGUUCUCAAUAUUUUGAUAGAUGACUCAACUCAAACCUGAGCCACGUAGUUAGCUUGCCAGUACCAGAGGGGUGGGCUUGAUCAGACCCCAGCCACUCCAGCACCGACUCAGGACAUUCCCAAUGGCCAAGUUUCAGUUUUGGUCUGCCAGCCAAAGAUAAAUGGGAGAAUAGUAAAGACAUUACUACUUCUUAACAAUUAUUUACAAAGAUCCCACCUGGACACAAGAAUAUAUUUGAUUCACCCCCUUGUGUAUCGAACUCAACCGACCCACUCAGACUGUUACUGAGCUAGGCUUACAGUAAUGAGCGGUGUCACAGAUAUAUAGUGUAGUGAGUGAGGACCGUUUUGCCAGGACUUGAUGGCCCAAGUUAUAGAGACUGGUAAGCAUUGGAAGCUAAGGAGAUGACAUUAUAGAGGAAUAUAAAACAAUGAGGGGCAGAGGUAGGUUUAAUGCACAGUCUUUUUCCUAGUGGAAGGGAAUCAAAGACUAGAGGGCACACUUGGACAGGUAUCUAGGUAGGAAAGAUUUAGUGAUGUGGACAAAUGGGCAUCUUGGUCAGCUGGGUGCCUGAUUCUGUGCUGUAUUAAUUUAUAAUGUAGCAUGUUGAUGAGACAUCACUGACAAGAUUGCUGAGUUACUUGAAAGGUUUUGCUUUUAAAAAAAGUAGAAAUAAUAGGAAGGAUGCAAGUCAGAAUACCAGAUAAAUAAUUUGUAUUCAGACUAUUGACACAGGAACUAAAAAAACUAUAAAACUGUUGGAAGUACUGUUUCCAGUUCUGGUCGCCUCACUAUAGGAAGGAUGUGGAAGCACUGGAAAGGGUACAGAGAUUUACCAGGAUGCUGCCUGGUUUAGAGUAUGGAUUAUAAUCAGAGAUUAAGGGAGCUAGGGCUUUACUCUCCGGAGAAGAGGAGGAUGAGAGGAGACAUGAUAGAGGUGUACAAGAUAUUAAGAGGAAUAGAUAAGAGUGGACACCCAGCAACUCUUCCUCAGGGCACCACUGCUCAGUGCAAGAGGACAUGGCUUUAAGGUAAGGGGAGGGAAGUUCAAGGGGGAUAUUAGAGGAAGGUUUUUCACUCAGAGUGGUUGGUGCGUGGAAUGCACUGCCUGAGUCAGUGGUGGAGGCAGAUACACUAGUGAAAUUUAAGAGACUACUAGACAUAUAUGGAGGAAUUUAAGGUGAGGGGUUAUAUGGGAGGCAGGGUUUAAGGGUCAGCACAUUGUGGGCUGAAGGGCCUGUACUGUGCUGUAAUGUUCUAUUAACUUCUGUAUCCAGCUGGGGUCCUCCCUGGCCAGGGAAGAACCCGAGUUAUUUCUUGAAAGUUGUUGCUCCACAGUAGAGUACUGAACCAUCAGCCUGGUUUAUCUGCUCUAGACUUAGGCCAGACCUUCCCAGUCAGUUAACAGGGAUACUCUUGAACAAGGCUAAGAGUGUUGGCUCUUUAAUCACAGUUAGGCUUGCUACACACAAUUGUAACACAAACAUUAUUAAACAGGCAUUAAGGAAGAGCAAGAUCAAUGAAGUUUUAGUGAUCCACAAUGUUUUAUAUCAAUACCGCCUCUGAGCUGUUAAACUUAAUAAAUGCUCUAUACCAAAGAUAAUCAAAAACACUGCAAAUGUAAUGAAUCCCUCUACAUGAGAGAGGGUAGUAAUAGGGAAGUAUGUUACAAUUGUACAGGGUACUGGUGAGGCCACAACUAGAGCACAGUGCAGAGUUUCAUCACCUUAUUUAGGAAAGGAAUUACUAAUAUUGGAGGCUGUCCAAAAGAGAUUCAUGGGGGGGAGGGGUGAGAGGGUUGUCCUAUCAGAAGCAACUAAAAGAAUUAACACUAUGUUCUAAUUAACAUUGUAGAAGGGUGAUUUUUGUUUUGAAAUACUGUAUAGAUGGUUCUGAGAGAGUAAGGUUGAAUGUAUGUCAAGAUGCUUCCAAGAGUGGGAGAAGCUUGAACAAGAGGACACAUUGGUUGGUGAUGUAAAUCCAAGAUGCAAUGGUGGUCAGUUGAUACCCUGUAGGGUUGUGGAGGCAUGGUUAUUAGACGUAUUCACAGAUAUUGUCCAUGUUCUACUCUUGGGUGUAUUAUUGAAAUCACUGUUGUACAUUAGAAGAACCAAGUAACUGGCCCUUCUGUCCAUCCCUGAUGUUGGUUAGCAUCAGAGCCUCAAAGUUUUAAGAAACUAAAACUGAACUCCCUGGCCAUAUCUAUCAACAUCUGGGAGAAAAAGUAGCUGCUUUAUCUCAUUUGGUAAGGCCAAAUUUGGAAUAUUGUGUGCAGUUCUGGUCACCGAAUUAUAGGAAAGAUAUCAAUAAAUUAGAGAGAGUGCAGAGUCGAUUUACUAGGAUGUUACCUGGGUUUCAGCACUUAAGUUACAGAGAAAGGUUGAACAAGUUAGGUCUCUAUUCAUUGGAGCGUAGAAGGUUGAGGGGGGGAUUUGAUCGAGGUAUUUAAAAUUUUGAGAGGGAUAGAUAGAAUUGACGUGAAUAGGCUGUUUCCAUUGAGAGUAGUGGAGAUUCAAACGAGAGGACAUAAUUUAAGAGUUAGGGGGCAGAAGUUUAAGGGAAACACAAGGGGGUAUUUCUUUACUCAGAGAGUGAUAGCUGUGUGGAAUGAGCUUCCUAUAGAAGUAGUAGAGGCCAGUUCAGUUGUGUCAUUUAAGGUAAAAUUGGAUAGGUAUAUGGACAGGAAAGGAGUGGAGGGUUAUGGGCUGAGUGCGGGUAGGUGGGCCGAGAUGGCCUGUUUCCGUGCUGUGAUUGUUAUAUGGUUAUAUUGAAUGUCUGUCAAUUAAGUAAAAUAGAAUUUGAAAUGUUGGGUGGAGUGGGAAGGCGUUUGACUAAGAGGUACAAAGGUCCUAUAAAAACCUGGUGACAUCUCAAACUGAGUUGGUGACCCUAAGAAAUAAUUUGAGGAAUAAUUAUCAGACAUAGAACACUGGCUUGAUAUUCCUCUGACCCCAAGGCAGUGAGAGGCUAGAUCUACACCAGUCUAGGUUCUUUCCUGUAUAGUUAAAGAUAAUGAGAUCCUCAUACUGGUUUGGAGAAUCCACAAUGAAAGCUUACUAGUGACUCUAUGAGGUCUGGACACAAUAAUGAACGACAGGAUGGACUGGGAGGGCUGAGUGGCCUACUCUUGGUUUCAUAUGUAAUCCUCAGUGUAAGUGAGCGAACUGCAGCAUGGCUGGUAAAACAGACACUUUCACGGCAUUUGUAAAUGUUUUUGUAGGACCUACCUUUUCUGCAGAAAAGGUCCCUUAUCCUGUGGCUAAGGGACAGCAAGACCUGGAGUUGCCAACCCAGUCAAUAUAAACUGUUUAGAGUCGUUGGCAGGAAUUGCUUCAGUUUAAUGGGCAGCACAUACCUGGAACUCUGGCCAUAAAAGUGAGCAAGGCAGUGGUCAAAGAUUCAACAUUGCAUGGCAUUUCAUAAGCAAGGAUGUUUUGAAGUCGGGGAUAGAGUUAGGACAAAGAUAGUUAUGAUUUUGAUGAGGGCACAAGGAAGGUUGGUGAAGGGGAUGGUGAUCAAGCAUAUUCCCAAAAUCCAUACAAAGAACUGCUCAAAAGGUUGCCAAGCAGAAUGGUGGCUCAUUGAAUUGAAGGGCCAAUAGCGAAAGUUGGCUUAAAGGCAGAAUACAGAGUACAUGCCAAGACUGCUGUUGUUUCAAAAAUUGACGUGUAAGAUUAAAAUUCAAAAUUCCUUAAACUCCCAACUAGAUUGCACAUUGCCAAACAUGAUCACAUUAUUCCAGAAGCCACUUUUCAUAUAAUUUUCACGAGACCAUUCAGCCCAUCAACUCAGUGCAAUUUGCAAUUCCCAACAGUCCCAUUCCUCUCACUUUCUUCCCUGUAACCUCAUCACCGUUUCUCUCUCCAAAAUGCCCAUCAAGUCCAUACACAUUCUCCUGAACACCUUCUGUAUGUCAGGGGCAACUUACAGCAGUAAUUAACCUACAAACAUGACCAGGGUGCAGGAGGAAACCAAUACAUUCGGGUGAAAUCCUGGUCGAGAGAGAGAGAACAUGCAGGCAGACUCGUGGUUAUCUCCUGCUUCGAUGAUCAUGUUCUUACAAUAGUCAGUUCUCAAAACCUAAACACAAAAGUGAUGGAGAGAGUCAUCAACUGGGUGCCCAGCAACAACCCUAUCUCCAAAGCUUGGUGAAUUUUGCCAGCACUAUUCAAACUCCAGACCUCAUUACAGUGUCAUUGCAAACAUGAACACAAGACACAAAUUUUAGGACCAUAUCAGAUUCAUAGUGAGGCAUAGAUGAAUACUUGCAAAACUCAAAGGGGAUUGAGUCAAAGUCCACCAGAGUUGGAGUCACAUGAAAGGUACAUUCAUCAGAAAGAGUACAUCACUGCAGAUGAUUCUGUAGACAGCAACUUAGAACUACCCAUUUACACAGAAACAUUGAAAAUCUACAGCACAAUGCAGGCCCUUCGGCCCACAAAGCUGUGCCGAACGUGUCCCUACCUUAGAAAUUACCUAGGGUUACCCGUAGCCCUCUAUUUUUCUGAGCUCCAUACACCUGUCCAGGAGUCUCUUAAAAGAUUCUCUGCGGAAAAAAACAUUACCCAACAUCUCCUCUGUACCUACUUCCAAGCACCUUAAACCUGUGUCCUCUUGUGCUAGCCAUUUCAGGUCUAGGGAAAAGCCUCUGACUAUCCACACAAUCAAUGCCUCUCAUCACCUUAUACACCUCUAUCAGGUCACCUCUCAUCCUCCGUCGCCCCUGGGGAAAAAAGGCCGAGUUCACUCAAUGUAUGCUCCCCAAUCCAAGCAACAUCCUUGUAAUCCUCUACACCCUUUCUACGGUUUCCACUAUCCUUCCCAUAGUGAGGCGACCAGAACUGAGAACAGUACUCCAAGUGGGGUCUGACCAGGGUCUUAUAGCUGCAACAUUACCUCUGGGCUCCUAAACUCAAUCCCACAUUGAUGAAGGCCAAUGCACCGUAUGUUUCCUUAAUCUGCGCAAUAGCUUUGAGUGUCCUAUGGACUCUGACACCAAGAUCACUCUGAUCCUCCACACUGCCAGGCGUCUUACCAUUAAUACUAUAUUCUGUCAUCAUAUUUGACCUACCACUUCACACUUAUCUGGGUUGAACUCCAUCUGCCACUUCUCAGCCCAGUUUUGCAUCCUAUCAAUGCCCCGCUGUAACCUCUGACAGCCCUCCACACUAUCCAUAACACUCCCACCCUUUGUAUCAUCAGCAAAUUUACUAACCCAUCCCUCCACUUCUUCAUCCAGGUUAUUCAUAAAAAUCACAAAGAGUAGGGGUCCCAGAACAGAUCCCUGAGGCACACCACUGGUCACCGACCUCCAUGCAGAACAUGACCAACCUACAACCACUCUUUGCCUUCUGUGGGCAAGCCAGUUCUGGAUCCACAAACCAAUGUCCCCUUGGAUCCCAUGCCUCCUUUCUUUCUCAAUAAGCCUUCAACAGGAGUACCUUGUCAAAUGCCUUGCUGAAAACCACAUACACUACAUCUACGGCUCUACCUUCAUCAGUGUAUUUAGUCACAUCCUCAAAAAAUUCAAUCAAGUUCUUAAGGCACGACCUGCCUUUGACAAAGCCAUGCUGACUAUUCCUAAUCAUAUUAUACCUCUCCAAAUGUUCAUAAAUGCUGCCUCUCAGGAUCUUCUCCAUCAACUUACCAACCACUGAAGUAAGUUUACAGCUGAACUAUCCUAACAAAGUGAUAAAUUAUACUAAUCUUCAAAGCAGGUCCUGACAACCUCUCCUUCAGCUUCAAAGACAAAGCCAAAUCAGCCAACAUCAAGCAACUGGAGCACACGACUGGCCAGGUUAAUGCCACGGCUGGUUUGGUGGGUUAGGGGGCUCUCCCCAUAGAAUGCUAAUAACUCAGCAGGUCAGUGAUGGAAUAGUUAUAACCAUAUAACAAUUACAGCACAGAAACAGGCCAUCUUGGCCCUUCUAGUCUGUGCCAACGCUUACUCUCACCUAGUCCCACCGACCUGCAGUCAGCCCAUAACCCUCCAUUCCUUUCCUGUCCAUAUACCUAUACAAUUUUACUUUAAAUGACAAUACCGAACCUGUCUCUACCACUUCUACUGGAAGCUCGUUCCACACAGCUACCACUCUCUGAGUAAAGAAAUUCCCCCUUAUGCUACCCUUAAACUUUUGCCCCCCAACUCUCAAAUCAUGUCCUCUUGUUUGAAUCUCCCCUACGCUCAAUGAAAAAGCCUAUCCACGUCAUCUCUGUCUACCCCCUCAUAAUUUUAAAUACCUCUAUCAAGUCGCCCCUCAACCUUCUACGCUCCAAAGAAUAAAGACCUAACUUGUUCAGCCUUUCCCUGUAACUUAGGUGCUGAAACCCAGGUAACAUUCUAGUAAAUUUCCUCUGUACUCUCUCUAUUUUGUUGACAUCUUUCCUAUAAUUUGGUGACCACAACUGUACACAAUACUCCAAAUUUGGCCUCACUGAUGCCUUGUACAAUUUUAACAUUACAUCCCAACUCCUGCUCUGAUUUAUAAAGGCCAGCAUACCAAAAGCUUUCUUCACCACCCUAUCCACAUGAGAUUCCACCUUCAGGGAACUAUGCAUCAUUAUUCCUAGAUUUAUGCCCUGGGUACAAAUGUAACAUUAGCACAUCUAGCAUCUGAAGAACAGUAUUGGCCAGCGAGGUUAAUGCCACGGCUGGUUGGGUGGGGUUAGAGGGGCUCUCCCCGUAGACCACCAAUAACUCGGCAGGUCAGUGAUGGAAUAUGGUACAAACGUAACAUUGGCACAUCUAGGACAAAGCCGUGUGCUUGGUGGAAGCUUGGAAGUGUCAGUAUACUGUGGUUGUGAUCCUCCUCUCUCUCCAGACAAACAAUGGCAGAAGGUGCACAGGAACUUCUCCACUACCAUGGCGACGGAAUCUAUCCAGUCAAGUCUACUCUACCUGGCAAGCACAUCAUUUGAAGCCAAACAAGUGUUGCUGGGCAGACACUGAUCACAAGAACCCGUGGGACACUCUCCUUCAGCCAAGCAGUUGGUGCAUUCCGAUUCCUUCCUCAUGAGCCAAAAUACAAUUACCUUUCCAUCAGUACUGUGGGAGUGUUUCUACCAAACAGGCCAAGGCCAUCACAAAUGCCUUGCGCAAAACUGGUGCCUGGUAUCUAAAACAGGUAAUGAACGAGAACAACUUGUGGCACAGAGACGAGUAACUGUUUGCCAGUGUUAGGCUCCUGGAUUUUACCAACUCUUACAGACUACUAAGUGUUAUAAAGCAACUCCAGUAGCUAUUCCCAAUCCUUAAUCAGGCCUCAUGCUCCUGGAACUGAUUGUCCUCAGGUACUGGCAUUCACUCACGUAGUUACAGGGUCCAGACACUGGCACACAUUCACCAAGCUCUUGCAAGAAAAGGUUUCAGCUUUUGGAUUUUAUUGGGACAUUGUUCUUGCUAUUUUCCCCAAAAAAACCAGAUGACUUCAUUCGUGGCACCUUGUCAGAUCAGAUUGAAAUGAAUCAUCACGGAAAUGUCACAGACCGAAAUAAACCAAAUCCGGUUGGUUUGGUUCCACUGGGUGGCGGGGAUAACAAAACAAAAUUUACAGAAAUAAAAAAUACAUUUCUUCCAACAGGCCGACGGAGAUUGGGCUCCAUUCACCACGCCGAGGUAGGAGACAAUGAACAGA